AUGUCCGACCUCCUCCAAGUCCUCCCAGAUUUCAAUAUCAAACCAUACACACAUCUCUUUUAUUCUCUCGAGAAGAAUGACAUGACUAUCGCUGACCUUGUCACCCUAGACCCCAAAGAAAUCGCCCGCAGGUGCCCCCUACCUUCAGUCGAUGUUCAGAAACUUGUAGCGGACGUGAUCCACGGUUUACAACAAGAUGUAAAGGGUGGGGUCAGGAAGAAACACAAGCUCGCGGCUCCCGCCAACACCGCAAGCGAGACAGAAAAGAGCGAGGAGAAAGAACAGAAAAUCACGAGACACGACAACAAGGUGAAAACAUUAGACGGUGUUCUUGACCAAGCUUUCAAUGGCGGCUUCCAACCAGGACAUAUUACUGAAAUCGUGGGAGAGAGUGCCGUUGGCAAGACUCAAUUCGUUCUGGGACUCCUUCUCUCUGUUCAACUGCCUCCACCCCGCGGACUCGGUAAGGGAGCAAUCUACGUGUCGACUGAAGCGCCACUCAACACCCAUCGGCUCAGGGAAAUGCUCCUUUCCCAUCCCGAGUACGAAAACUUAGCCCCAGAAGAUCAACCGUCCCUGGAUCGUAUACAUACAAUCGUGAUCACUGACCUGGAAGUGCAAGAACACGUUCUUCGCUUCCAGUUACCCAUUGCGGUUGAACGAUACAAAAUUGGCUUGAUUGUGUUGGAUUCUGUCGCCGCCAAUUUUCGGGCCGAACACGAAACUCGAACACCUGCCGGCUUAGCCGAGCGAGCAGCGGAACUGAGUAAGCUGGGCAACAUGCUCAGACACGUUGCAAUCCAAUAUAACGCCGUGGUCGUGGUGACAAAUCAAGUGUCGGACCGUUUUGAUGAUCCUAGGUGCCUCCUACGAUCGUCAUCCCCUGUAACAACAUCCUCGCCGGCGUCUGCUGGUCCAAAUGUUUCGGUAACACUGACUGGACGUCGAAGUGAAACGCAGAGCCUGGACCACCAACAACGGUUUUUUACAGGAUGGGGGGAAGAGAAACAAGAAAAGAGGAGCCAACUGAAGAAUCCAGCGUUGGGUCUGGCUUGGGCAAAUCAGAUUUCUGCUCGCAUUGUCCUGAAGAUGGAGUGUGAACGCCAAGAGUACACCGGAGGGAAUAUCUGGAGGGACCAAAAGAAACGACGAACGAUAGCGGUGGUAUUUGCACCUUGGGCGGCUCCGACCUAUCCUCCCAUUCGAUAUGAGAUCGGCCAGCAAGGAAUUGUGUCCAUCACGGGCCCGGACAAAUCCGAAGAACCGUCCAAUCUCAUGGACCAAGUGCAUGCAGAUUUGCUGGACGAGGCGCUCUGGGCGACAGAAGAUGAUGACGAAUUUCCAUGA